UUUAAAGAAUUUCAUGGAAUUUCUUUCCCCAGCAAUGCCAUCCAUCUCAAAAGCCAAUAAAUCAGCUUCAAUUCCAUCUCCCUAUACGGCUACAACCCCACCAUAAUUCAGGUAGCCAUUAACAUUUUCUUUAUAGAAAAGGCUUUUUCUCUUUCUCUUCUACCUCAAGCUGCCACAUUUUUAUAACCAUUAAUAAUUACUCUCUUCAUUUCCCACCAAAUUUUGCUUCUUCAACGCUCCAAAAUCCCAUAAACCAAAAACACCCAAAAGAAAAUUAAUACUAAUUUUAUAUUUUAUUUGUGAAUUUAGUUAAUGAUUCUCACGUCCCACAUUCUUUGAAAACACCCUUUUCCUUCAAUCCAACUCUAACUGCUCUCCCUUCCAAAUCUGAUUCUAAAAGACAGUUUUUUUUUUUUUUUUCAAUUUUCCUUAAUCUUUUUUUUUUGGGUUUUAUUGAGAAAUAAAAAUAAUUUUUUGGGGGUUUUUAUAUUCGAGAAAAACGUUACUGUCAUUGCCAGCCAUGACCGAGGUCCUUCAUUUCCCUUCACCUCCAGGCACUAAUACUUCGUCUUCUUCUUCUUCUUCUUCUGAAGAACCGGCCUUAUCCUGUGCACCCCAGACAUCCUUAACCUGCGCACAAAGUGAUAGAGAUGACUUUGUUAAUGUAACAGGCUGUGACCCAGAAGAGGAGGAAGUGAAGGAAAGAGAGAAACAGGACAGAGAUCAGCUGUCUUUGUUGGCUUUGCUUGUGACCCUUUUCAGGAAAUCUUUGGCUGCUUGUAAGAGUACUGAUAGAAGGGAGCUUUGUGCUAUGGAGAUCGGGUGGCCAACCAAUGUCAGACAUGUGGCACAUGUUACCUUUGAUAGGUUCAAUGGCUUCUUGGGUUUGCCUGUUGAGUUUGAGCCUGAAGUUCCCAGGAGAGCUCCUAGUGCAAGUGCAACUGUCUUUGGAGUUUCCACAGAAUCCAUGCAGUUGUCCUAUGACUCCAGGGGGAACAGUGUGCCCACAAUACUUUUGCUAAUGCAAAGACGUUUGUAUGCUCAAGGAGGCUUGCAGGCAGAAGGGAUUUUUAGAAUUAAUGCUGAAAACAGUCAGGAGGAGUAUGUUAGAGAACAAUUGAAUGGUGGAGUGGUUCCAGAAGGGAUUGACGUACACUGUUUGGCAGGACUAAUCAAGGCUUGGUUCAGAGAACUUCCGAGUGGAGUUUUGGAUUCUUUAUCUCCUGAGCAAGUAAUGCGAUGCCAGACAGAAGAACAGUGUGCUGAGCUUGCAAGACUUCUACCUCCAACCGAAUCUGCUCUACUGGAUUGGGCCAUCAAUCUCAUGGCUGAUGUUGUCCAGCAAGAACAUCUAAACAAGAUGAACGCACGCAAUAUUGCUAUGGUUUUUGCACCAAACAUGACUCAGAUGGCAGAUCCUUUGACUGCAUUGAUGUAUGCAGUCCAAGUGAUGAACUUUCUCAAGACACUUAUCUUAAGGACCCUGCGAGAAAGAGAGGAUUCUGUGGUAGAGCCUACCCUGGCAUCCCGUCUGGAGCCUUUUGAUGACAAGGGAGAUCAGAGCCCUUCACUCUCCUGCAUUCAAUAUACUGAAAAAGUUAAUGAAGAGAAAGAGCUGGCAUUCUUUGCUGAAGAACCUUCAAAAGAAAGUUUCAGGAAUUACAGUCUAAACAUUGCGAUAACAGACGGAGAAGAUCACAGUCAGAUACCCUUUUUCCUCAAACAAAUCUGUGAUGAAGAUCAUUCUGAUGAGACUCCAGCCCUGGUUGAAACGUUUAUCAGUGAAACAGACGCCAUUUUAGCUAACUAUCUGAAGCCUGGUACUCUAAUAAAUACUGGAAAGAUUAAUAUUGGUCAAUCAAGUAAUUCAAGUCUCAAGAAGGGGCCCAACAAAAUUAGUGAGCAGCAAUCCAUACUUCAGAUUACAAACCCUGUUGAGAAGACCAAAGGAAUCAGCAAUUUGAGCCGCAUAGGUUCAAGGAUAGAACGUAUUGAAGCAUGGCGUUGAAGGAUGCUUAACAGCAGUUGGGCCCUAACUGAUACCUUGACAAGAUUGCUGUGCAUGUUUGUUCAUUUUGGAAGUUGUGAUGAAAAAUUUGUGAAAUGUUCAUGUAUCUUUUUAGUGUGAUGAGUGGUUUGCCUAUCCUUCUGUAAUAUCAUGGAUGACGAUUCUACACUUCAUAGCUUGACCCUAACAUUUCUGCUUUUCAUAAAAACGACUAUCAACAUUGGAAUCCUAUCAAAUGUGGUUUCUCACCGUCA